AUGUUUCAUUUGCUUUCUCUAUCAGUUUCCCUUCCUCGGAAUAUUUUUUUCUUCUCUGUUUCGAUUUGGAAUUCCAAACUGUUCCCUGCCCUACUCUUCGUAUCGCAUUUGAAAUUUCAGGUGAAGCUCCAAAACGAGAUGAACCUUCGCAUGAAAGCUGAGUCUUCAGCAGCUUUGGCUGAGGGGAAAGUGAGUAGUUUAGAGGGGAAACUGAGCCAUCUUUCUGAGAGCAUAGAGAGGGAAAAAAAGCGUCUCCAUAACGAUCUUGCCCAUCUGAAAAAAGAAUCCGAGCUUUCUGUUGCUAGAAUAACUGCCGAUCUUGAACGAAUGGAAUGCAGAGCUCAUAAUGCUGAGAAAGAAUCAGAGCUACUGCAAGAGCAGCUGGAUGAUCUUAAGGAGCAACUUAGUGAGUGUGUGCAACAGAAGAGUGAAGUAGAAAAGAAACUAUCAAGUUCCACAUUACAAGAAGUUAAAUCUACGGAUGAUAUUUUGGUUAAACAUCUGCAAGAAGAACUAAGAAACUAUGAUGCUGAAGUGAGGGAAGCAAGAAAGCUGAAAUCUUCUCAUGAAAAUGUUGAGUUAUUGAAGGAAAAAUUGUUGGAAGAAAAGAGCCGCAGAGAGAGGGUAGAGUCAGAGUUAUCCAAGCUACAAGAGUUGCAGCCAAGUAUGAAGACUUUGGAGGAUGAAUUGACAUCUUGGAAGUUGAUGCUGAAAGACAUUCCAGGCGUAUCAUGUUCUGAAGAUAUACCUGUUAAAUUUGCAGCUUUGCAAAAAGAGGUAAUUGAUAGCAUGAUGAAGGUGGGUCUGGCAAAUGCCCGCUUGAAACAAGUGGAGGUCUCUCUGGAUGCUGCACAAAUUGAUAAACAAAAUGCUGAAACUGAGGCUGCCCUGGCCAAGGAGAAGGUUGAUGCAUCAAAAUCAGAGCUCUCUAUGGUUACUGAGGAAAGAGAUAAGUUGAGAAAUGUCGUCAAUGAACUUAAGUUGGCAAAGAAUGAUGAAGCGGGACAUGAAACAUCCAAUCAAACUUUUCUUCAGGAGCUUGAAUCAUCUCUUGCAAAGAAAGAGUGCUAUAUUAAAGAAUUGGAAUGUGGUCUAUGUGAACAAAAAGAAGUUAAUAGUCGUCAACGUGAAGAAAUAAAAUUGCUUAAUGAGAGAUUAAACAAUGAAGCUAGAAGAAUAAAGUCAUUGGAGAGGGAGAGCGAUCGACUUGGUUCAGAGAUUGCUCUGCUGGAGUCCAAGUUGGGUCAUGGUGAUUUCUCUGCUGCAAAUACUAAAGUUUUACGAAUGGUGAAUACUCUUACGGUUGAUAAUGAAGCAAAACAAACUAUAGAGGCAUUACGAACUGAGUUACAGAAGACAAAGGAGAAGUUACAGGCUGUUGAAGAACUGAGAAGUCAAUCAGGUGAUGCUGGUAAAUUAGUGGAUUCCUACAUAUCUGAGAAGAUAGUGCAGUUGAAAGAACAAAUUGCAACUCUUGAAAAACGCGAGGAAAGAAUUUCAGUGUUCAGGAGGGCAUGCUGUGAGCUUUUUGGUUACAAGACAUGCUGA